AUUUUAUCUUACAAAUUAAUGAUAAAAAUGAAUUGGGAAUGAUCACUAAAAUUCGUUUAUAUAAUCUUCAACAAUUGUUAUUUUUAAACGAUAAUCCUAUUUAUUCAUUACGAGAAAAAGAUAUUAUUAGAUAUAAGAAAAUUUUCACGACGCAAUUAAAAAAUCAUUAUAUAUUAGAAUGUAUCAAAAUGUUAAAGACUCAGAAUUUUAGCAUUGCUAUUAACGAUACGGUAGAUAAAAUGGAAAUAAUUGGAGGAAAUAUUUUAAUUAAAGAUAUUUUACCUGAAGAAAUUUAUUUCGAUAAUUUACGAUCAAUAAAAAAACUCAAUAUUAUGUUUGCAGAUCAAAUUUUGACGUUAGAUGGGAAAAAUUUAUUAACGUUAAAAGAAAUUUUGGGAAAACGAUUUAAAAAAUUUUUUAGUCCAAAUAGAUCUUUAAUUGAAAAGAGUUGGAAAAUUAUAGAAGAUUGUAUUUUAGAUAACAAUGAAGUAAUAAAAAGACGAAUUUCUAUUGAAGCUAGGAAUAAAAUAGGCACUAGUUUUGCUCAUAAUUUAAAAGGAACAAUUCUAACUAAAAUGAAUUCAGACUCAGAACCUAUAAAUAAUGGUUUUAUUUUUGGAAAAAAGAAGUUAUAUAACGAUAUAAUUUUAGUUUAUGGUAAAAAUUACAAUUUGGGAUCUAAUAAUAUAGUAUUGGAACAUUAUAUAAUGGUUAAUAAUCCAGAUGAUUUAUUUAUGGGUUUAAAAAAAUGUUUAGGAUGUUUUUUGGAUGAAACAAGCACCAUCGGUCCCCUCGAAAGAAUACAUAAACAAAGUAAUUGUUUAGUUAAUUUGAGAAUAGAAGAUGUUUAUUUUCUUGAAAAUUAUUUACAUUCACAUGCAAUAAUAAUACAUGAAACUGAUUCAUAUAUAGUACCAGAUAUUAUUCAAUCACAUAUUGAGUCAAAUAUAUGGCAUGAACAUAAUUUUAUUAUAGAACCAUUGCUUUUUAAACAAGAUGAUAUUAGAUUAAAUAUUUUUGAGUCCAAUAUGCAAAAAUCAACGCAAAAUUGUAUAGAAAAAUAUGUUAAAAAAGAAAAAUUUAAUAAGAACUUAUCGAUCGAAAAGUUAAACGUCAUCAACUACAAAUUAAUCCAACAAUUGGGAGAACAAAUUUUCGUAUAUAUAGAUGGUUCUGUUAUAAAUAAUGGAACAGAGAAUAUUGAUGGUAUAGCCGGUUUACAUUUUUAUGAUAAAGAUCAUAAAUUAAUUGACGAAUUUUACGUUAACAUUGAACAUUGGAUUUCUCCAAGUAAAGCAGAAGUGACAAGUUUUAUAAUUGCAUUGAUUAUUGUUCAUAAUAUUAGUAAUGUUGAGAUAAUUACAGAUAAUGAAUUUAUUUUUAAUUAUUUUAAUGAUAUUAUAUGCAAAACUGAAAUUUAUAAUACACGUAAAUUACUAAAAACACAUAAUAACAUUUAUAUUUGGGCAUUAAUUCGACAAUUUAUAGACUUAAAUGAAAUAAUUAUACCAAAAAUUACUAAAAUCAAAGCACAUGACGAUGAUUUAUAUCACAAUUUUUUAGAUCAACAAAUUAAAGGUCGUUAUUCAGAUAGAAAUAGGGUAUUUUUGGUUAAUUUUAAUUUUUUUCAACUCGAUAAAAUCGAAUAUAUGCUUACAUGGAAUAAUAUUAUUAUCGAAAAACCGAUUAGACGUUUCAUACGAUAUUAUAAUGAAAUUUUAAAUUUAGAAAAAUUUUUUAAUCUUCGAAGAAAUCGAAAAUAUACAAUAGAUAGUGUAGAAUGGGCAAUUACGUUCGAAUUCUUAAAGGAAAAUGAAAACUUUUUACAAACUAAUUUCCACACAACUAAACUACUUCGUUAUAAAAUUAAGAAUUUAAUUGAAGAAAUUCUGACUGUAGAACAAAGAAAAUUGAUUAAUUUUGAUAUAUAUAAGGAUUGGAAAUGUCCUGUCUGUGAACGUAAAAAAGAAACUUUUGGAUAUGUUUGGCUUUGUUAUUCAAAUCGUAAAAGAAUGAGAAAUAUUAUAUAUUAUUCGAUUAUAUGUUUAAUUGAAAAAAUUAAAGAAUACGAUAUUUAUACCUUCUAUGAAACUAAAAUAAUUGACUUGUUUAUAAACGAAUCCUUUGGCGAAGUUAAAGUUGACAAUAAUAAAUUAACUUUCGUAGAUAUUAUUAAAGGCUUAUUUCCUAAAUUAUUAGCUGAUUUCUUACGACAAGAAAUUAAAAUGACUAAAGUUCAUAUAUUCGAAACUGGAGUCAAAUUUUUAGAUUUCGUUUUUGAUUCUACACACAAGAUUUGGGUUGAUAGAUGUGAUUUACAAAAAGAUAAAGAAAAAGUUUAGGCGUUACUAAAGAAGAUAAAAAACAGUAUAGUUAUGAUAAAAAUAUAGUUAAAAAAGAUAUUAAUCAUAAAGUCUAUCAAAAGGUAGAAGGGCUUUUGAAUAAUAUAUAUUUUAAUAUAGAACCUUUAGAGUUUUAUAGUUCG